AUGUCAUUCACAUCAACAAAAGAAGAACAUGGAUGUCAGGUAUGUAAAACUGUGCCUGAUAUCGUGGGUACCGUGUCCAAAUCCUGGUACCAGGAUUACUUUGACGCGCAGCUACUUUUCUUUGUUGAGGUUGACUUGGUUAACCCAAAGAAUGGUGCUAUAUUUCAAGUUGCCCAAGUUACCACUGUGCCUCAAAUCGUUAUCAUCCCACCCAGUUCGGACAAGGAGCUCCAUGAAGACGGCUCAAAUCAACAAUUGCCUCUUGGGUAUCGUAUGUUGAGAGAGCCUCGUACCGUGUUCCAGCUUCCAAAAGAUGAGAUAAGGAAACAGUCUCUUGCGCUCGCUCAGUUUGUAAGUGAAGCCGUUCAAAAGAGGAUCACUAUUCGUGAAGAAGACCCGCAAUUGGCAUUCUUAAAGAACUUCUUCAUCACACUAGUGAUCAUAUUGGUGAUCAAAAAGAAGGGCUCUCAAUACGUGCUGGUUACUCGUAAAUCUGCAUGGUGCGCCGUAUGCAUUAUUCUAGUGGGGUUGUUUGUUAGUGGAUACAGUUUCACCACUAUGAAUGGCAUUGCAUUCCUUGUUCAAAACGAUAAGGGUGGGUUGAUCUAUUUUAGUGGAGGACAGCUGUACCAGUUUGGAAUAGAGAUUUUUUUGGUUGCUACUAAUUAUAUCUUACUUGGUGGAGCAUUGGUAUUGUUGAUUUACAUGGGUCAAUAUAAGGUGACGAAAGAUUCACGCAUUAACUCCGAGUUAACUCGUUUCGUGUUGAUCCUUGGAGCAAAUGUGUUGAUUCUGCUGAACACAAUCACGAAGAUGGAAUAA